AUGGCUCCGGCAACGGGAAUAUCAAAGCCAUGCCGGCGUUGUGCGAAACCAGACGCUCCGUAUGAGUUAAGAAAUGAUCCCACGUGCCGUGACUGCUUUGUUGAGUAUGUUGAACAAAAGGGAGGUCGACGUUUGGGAGCCGUCGCAAGAGACACCAGGGCUCCGGGAAGACCUGGGCCGCGAAGAUAUCUCGGCGGUCUGUCUUUUGGGCCUUCUUCCACCGUCAUGAUGCAGAUAUUGGACGUCAGUGCCAAAUUUCACUCUUCCAAAAAGUCCUCGCCUGCCUUUGAGCCUCUAGUCAUACACAUUGACACAGACUUGUCUCAUUCCGCGGACCAAAAGGACACCCCUGCUCAAAAACUUCUCGCCAAGUAUCGCGAAAGGUUCCCCAACGUAUCCUUCGAGUGUGUGCACCUGAGUAAAAUCUGGUCCGUCAAGACGCUCGAUUGGUCAGCACUAAACGUGGCGGGCGAUGACACCGAGGGGACCGAUGUCGAUCGAUUAAGGAAGUUUUUCGACUCGCUACCGUCCAUGACUUCAAAGGCUGAUAUCUUGCGGCUCUUCAUACGGCACCUCCUACUGGACCUGGCUUUGGAGAGGUCAUACACAGCCCUGCUUUUGGGACACAGCACAUCGGCUCUUGCGGCCCUUACGUUGGCAGAAGUUGCAAACGGAAGGGGGUUCGCAGUUCCUUGGCAAAUAAAUGACGGGCCAUUCACCGUCUGUAAAUACAGUGCCAGCGCAGACUCUAGUGGAGAAAGGGAGGUGUCGCAAGUCCAAAUGCCAAUAUACUAUCCGCUGAGGGAGGUGUUCAAGCAUGAACUCAAGAUAUAUCUUGACUUGAUGCCCUCUGUGAAAGACCUCAUGCCUGAUAGCGAUUCAACCGCUAGCAAUAUCGUGUCCCACAAAGACUUGAGCAUUGCGGAAGUCAUGGAGCGAUACUUUGACUCGGUUGAAGGGCCCUACUCUGGCAUCGUGGCCAAUGUUGUACGAACUACGGGGAAGUUGGAUAAAGCUACUAGCGGGAGCUUUUGCCACAUGUGUGGGAUGACUUUGGACGAACAAGGCGAUUCACGAUGGGCCGGUGAGCUUGGUGAUGACGUUGACGCCCCUGAGGGAGGUGUUCGAACUGCCCGUCUGUGUUAUGGAUGCAAGAGAUCCAUCAAUGGAUAG